UUUAUCUAUGCUCAAUGUAUGCACGUGUGCUAUGUUCUAGAAAUUGUACCGCGUUUUGUAGACUAUAUUAAUUUUAUGAAAUGGUAUCUGAAGAAGAUGUAGCGGAGGAGGCUAGUGCUCAAAGUGAACCUUUAACAAAUAACAACCAUGAUAAAAAGGAAGAAAAAACAUGGGAAGAUUUAGGCUUAGUUGAUGUUUUGUGUAAAACAUGCGAGCAACUGAAAUGGAAAACACCAACAAAGAUUCAGAAGGAGUCUAUUCCACUGGCUUUGCAAGGGAAAGAUGUUAUUGGGUUAGCAGAAACUGGAUCUGGCAAGACAGCAGCAUUUGCUUUACCCAUUUUACAAUCUCUUUUGGAAAAUCCACAGAGGUAUUUUGCUUUAGUCUUGACACCAACUAGGGAACUUGCCUUUCAAAUUUCAGAACAGUUUGAAGCAUUAGGGUCAAACAUUGGAGUGAAAUGCGCAGUUAUAGUUGGAGGCAUGGAUAUGAUGUCUCAAGCAUUGGUUUUAGCAAAAAAACCACAUAUUUUAAUUGCUACCCCUGGCAGAUUGAUUGAUCACUUGGAAAACACUAAAGGUUUCAACCUAAAACCAUUAAAGUACCUUGUAAUGGAUGAAGCUGACAGGAUAUUGAAUAUGGACUUUGAGGUAGAAGUUAAUAAGAUAUUAAAAGUUAUACCCAGGGAACGCAGAACGAUGUUAUUUUCUGCUACUAUGACAAAAAAAGUAAGGAAAUUGCAAAGAGCUUCUCUACAAGAUCCUGUCAAAGUUGAGGUUUCCACAAAAUAUCAAACUGUUGAUAAGUUGCAGCAGUACUACAUAUUCCUGCCUGUUAAGUUUAAGGAUGUUUAUUUGGUUCAUAUUCUCAAUGAGAUGGCAGGAAACAGUUUCAUGAUAUUCUGCUCAACAUGUAACAAUACAAUUAGAACUGCACUGAUGUUAAGAAACCUUGGUUUCACUGCAGUUCCUUUGCAUGGUCAAAUGAAUCAGAAUAAAAGAUUAGCAGCAUUAACAAAGUUUAAAGCUAAAAGUCGAUCUAUUCUCAUUUCAACAGAUGUGGCCAGCAGGGGCUUGGAUAUUCCGCACGUUGAUGUGGUAAUAAAUUUUGAUAUACCAACUCACAGUAAAGAUUAUAUUCAUAGGGUUGGAAGAACUGCUAGAGCAGGACGGUCUGGUAAUGCCAUUACCUUUGUCACACAGUAUGAUGUGGAAUUGUACCAACGAAUAGAACAGUUAAUUGGUAAAGAAUUGCCCUUAUAUAAAACUGAAGAGGAAGAAGUUAUGGUUCUUCAAGAAAGGGUUGCUGAAGCGCAACGAAUUGCUAAAAUGGAAAUGAAGGAUUUGACUGAGAAAAAAGGAAAGAAGAGGAAAGGGGGCGGUGCAGAUGAUGACGAUGUUGAAGGGGCAAUGGGAGUAAGAAAAAGACUGAAAUAUGGCAAGAAAGGAGGAAACAAAAGAAAAAAAUGAAUUUAAGAAUAUCAUUUUAUUACAAAUGUGUUGCAAAUUUUGUAAAUAUGUUAUUUAAUAUUUUAUACAAAAAUAAAAACCAUGAAGGUAUGUGCUAAUUUAU